AUGGGGAGCAAUAUUAGUAAAUCGCACGACACAGCUGCUGCAAGCCAAAAAAACGAAACCAGCAAGGACAUUGGCGGCAAUCCUGAUCCUCGUUCGCCAACUCCAGAAAUAACUCGGACUCCAUUACAGAACAAACCAGGAUCAAAACAUCACAUUACUAAAAAUAUGGAUUUAAGAAAGGCCUUAGAAAAUGACAACAGUGAAAGGAAGCUUAUUCAUAACAACCCAAUUCUAUCUGCAGUUAUAAAGAACCACUUGCAAUCAUUUGACCCAAGGUCCCCAACUCAAGACUUUAAUAGAACACCUAUAGUUAUUACAUCAAAAACAAGUGAUUCAAGGGUGGAACAAAUAUUUGAUGUUAAUAGCUGUGGUAGUCCCACUCUGGAUAAGACUACACUUGAUACUAGUAACAUUCAAAUAUCACCAGCAUGUCCUGAGCUUGUACCCAAAAACCUCUACAAUGAAUUCUAUGACCUGAGUCUUAGUGACAGUUUAAAUAAUGAACCACUUGGUUCGUCAACUGCAUCUAAUGAGGUAUUGGAAAAUAAUAUCUUGCAUGGGUCACCUAAACCAACUCAGCUACUGGAGACAAAUUUUGAUUAUGAUGAAAAUGGUAUAAUUGAAAUCAGUGAAAUAGAUCAAACUGAUGGAAUCACAAAGAACAAUGAAACAUUAUUUAGUCUGCUUAACCCAGAAAUAAGCAAUGUUCCAAUAUUUAAACUACUUAAUGAUGACCCUCGAUCACCCUCCAUUGGCAUUGACAGAACACCCAUUGUAGUUUCAAAACACGAAGAACCUUGCAUUAAAGAAAAUGUGGAACAGAUGUCUAAUGAAUUGCUCAUUAAGGUAUUAGAAAAUUCCAAUUCAGAGACUAAACAUAUUAUAAAUGCAGAAAACAAUUCUGAAGGUAUUCCUAUAUAUGAGGACAUAAGUAACAAUUCAAAUGAUACACCAAAAAAAUCAAAGUCUGCCAGCAAUGACGGUUCAAGAACACCAUUAUCAUGUAUGAAGAAUAAAACUGAACCAAGUCAUGGCAGAUCAAAGUCUGCUAACACUUUGUUUGACCCUAAAGCUAAAAAAGGUUUGUCCCAAAUACGAAAACAUGUGUCUCAUAUUCCAAGGCUAAAAUCCCUAACAAAACCAAAUGGUCUUUCAUUGGGCAGCAGUAUUUCACUUAAAAAUUCUACUAUGAAUGGAGACUGUGAGAACACACCACCACAUUCACAUCGCGAUAAAUGGGACAAAGAAAGUAGCAUUGUCCUAUAA